AUGUUCUUGAAUUGUUCCUUUCUCUUUGUACAGGGGCCUUGCUUCUCUUUUCUUUUUCGUUCUUUUUCUGAAGUUGAUGCAUUUUUCAGCAUAACCUCUUCACUUGACAUACCUCUCCUUCUGCUAAAUACCAAUGACGAUCAUAGUGCCAGUUUCUUUUCUUCAGGUCCCCUCCCAUUCAUGUUGCCAGAGAGAAUGACUGGAAUGGUUACAAGUGAAGAGGGACAAUUCUCCUCCCUCUCUCCUCCCUCUCUCCUCCUCCCUCUCUCCUCCCUCUCCUCCCCUCCCCUCCCCCCUCCCCCCCCCCCCUCCCUCCCCUCCUCUCUCUCCCUCCUCCCUUCUCUCUCCUCUCCUCCUUCUCUCUCCUCUCCUCCCUCUCUCUCCUCUCCUCCCUUCUCUCCUCUCCUCCCUUCUCUCCUCUCCUCCCUUCUCUCUCCUCUCCUCCCUUCUCUCUCCUCUCCUCCCUUCUCUCUCCUCUCCUCCCUUCUCUCUCCCCUCUUGUUUUUAUAUGGUUUCUUUCUGUAG